AUUAGAAACGGACCAGAAUCAAACCUGAGAAUCUGUCCAGAAUCACUUCCAGACCUUGUUCAUGAUAUAAUGAAUCUCAUACACUGUAUGAAGUCGCUGCAUUUACCCAUCUUUUGGCAGUGCUAAAUAUACCCUCCCUCGUCCAGCCAGACUCACUAUCAUCUCUAGUUGUUCGGAGUGCCGCUAUUCGUCAGCGCUCGUCGAUUUCGACUUUCUGUGUAGUUACAGUGUCUGAGAGAGUCCAGGUUCGCAUUCCCGGCCGGUCGGGUCUCUUUAGCUGUUGCUUCACCUGACGAGGAUGGCUAUUUAGAACUGACCAACGAUCGAAGAUGAGGGUGAAGCUGUUUCGGGAUUCGUUCGAUACCCCCUGGGGGUUCCGUCUACAGGGCGGAAGGGAUCUCAACCAGCCCCUUGUAGUACAGAGGGUUUUUUCGAACACUCCCGCAGAGGGAGAACUCCAACGAGGAGAUAUUUUUCUCGAGAUAAACGGGAGGGACGCAGAAGGCUUUACUCAUAAACAGGCUUUAGAUCAGAUAAAAUUUGGCGGGGGACAGAUCGAACUCUUGAUAGAAAGGCUAGCGAGUGACCAUUCCAGAUCAAUGAUAUACUAUUGUUUUCGACAGAUUCAGAUUCCUAUAAAGAAGCGGCCGGAGCCGGUGUACGCAGCCCCCAGUAUGCCGCCACCACAGAAUACGUCUGGACACCAGCCUAAAAAAAUCACGCUCAACCAGUUCGGAGGUGGUACUACUAAUUUUGGUGCCAACUACGGUAAGCCCUCGGUAAAAUCCGGGUGGUCCCCACAACCAUCCCCUUCCUCCCAACAGCAGUACUCCCCUCAAUCCAGUAUGAUGGUGCGUGUACAGGAUAGCCUUGAUAGUGCUCUGUCACCCAGGUCUUUUUCCUCGUACCAGCCGCCCGCACAACACCAAGCUCCUCCUCCAUUGCGCCAGUUUAGUUCCGGACCAUCCUAUCCCCUUCAAGGUAUGUCUUCGGCACAGACAGAACUGCAGGACCAACAGCCCAGUUAUAUCCGGUCAAGUGACCCCGUGCCCGAGGAGGAUUACUCGUAUAUCCCAGUAUCACAGAGGAAGCAGACUUUUAACACUAAACCUCCUCCACCUCAGCAGGACAUGCGCUACAAUAAUGGUAACAACGAGUUUCAAGAGGUAGCGGAGGAAGAGGAAGAUAAUUAUCCAACAGCUCCAGUUUGGGAAAGACGAAAAAUGUUUGGUCAGGCGUUAACGACUAAGAAAGCUACUCCAGGAGGCAAGAAGGGUCCGAAGCCGUUCCAACCCCAGGCAAAAGAUUAUGUUGACUUUGGGGUGGAUUAUACGAAGGUAAAAAGACAGCCCGAACCUCCGAGGUUCCAGCCCGCCGCACCACCACCACCACCUCCGGUACAGCCGAGACCAGUGAACUACAGCGGACACACUACCGAUGACGGCUAUAAUAAACCACCAGCAUGGUCCUCAUCCUUAAGAUCAUCAAAUGUCGCCAAACCCUGGGAGCUGGAACAGCAGGACAGCUUCAUGCCUGUUCAGAACACCCCUCAGCGAGGAGGUCCGCCCUCCGUCAGUCCAAAACCGACGUCGCCCAGACCCCCUGCCCAGGCUCCAGCCCAGAGACAGAUCUCCGUAAGGUCGGUGCCUAAUGGUGCGCCCCCCGCUGGUGACGGUGGUGAUGCCAGGGUGGUUCACUUACAGUACAAUUCGCCCAUGGGCUUGUAUUCCGGGGCCAAUAUAAAGGACACUUAUACAGGUCAAACACAAGGUCGAUAUCCAAUGUCCUCCACUGCCACGUCGUCUGGGCCCGCCCCUGCCAAGACUGGAGACCGUGACUGGAGCGAGUCGCACGUGUAUAGGAUGCUGCACGAUCAGAAGGGGCCACCGGCCUCACACGCGGCCCCGGCGGUGAACACCAGGCCCCCACCGCCCCCGGUGUCGUACAAGCCCGUGCCUCCACCGCCGGCUCCACCGGCACAAAAGCAAUAUCAGCAAGGUACACAGAACAACUUCAACGCCUUCGACGAUAGCUACGGGACGUCGGACUUCUAAGUCUACGACAACAAGGCGACGACUCUAGGUGCUGCCAUACUUAAAAGUUCCCGAUCAGUGACAAAAUGUGUUGGAAUGGAGACGGUGAUACAUGAAAUGAUCGAAUAAUCAUAUGUAUUUGUAAAUUAUAAAGACCAUCCUUGUCCAAGCUGCCUUGGCCCAUUGCUUUGAAACAUUUCUCACUGAUCUUGGAUUCAUGCAAAGCUUUGAGUUUUGAGGUGUGUAGUGACAUACCUGGUCUACUUUGAAGUUCCGAAUUUUCUUCCGAGAACUUUUGAAAAAACCCAUCGACAUGGUGCUGAAUGCAGUGUUGAAAUAAUGAAGUUAUAGUUAUAAUUAGCUCCUUUGUGUUGUGGACCAGAACAAGCGAUGAUCGCCAUGGUUGCAAUGGUUGCCAUGGUCGCAAUGACCAUUACGGUCACCAUUGUCGCCAUGGUCGUUUUUCAUCCAUGAUGCAAAGGACAAUGUCUUCCACAGAACGGGAAGACUAUACGAUUGUAAAAUGGAAACUUCGGGAAAAUAAUGAGAUUUCGAACAGUUAGAGGUCGAACAUGGAGAAAAUGUGCAAUAUUUAUUAUACAUGUUAACUGUGUGACAACUAGUUGCACGCUUCCUGUGAUUGUACUAUAAGUGUACUUAUUUAUAUUAGAAUCAUUGACUUAGAUGUUCUCUUACCUAUGUUAGUAAAUGGUGUGACGGCAUGAUAUAUCUGAUCUAGUUGGCGGCCAAUUUGCUUACUAACAUAUGGUGAUGUGGUCCGUAAAUGUGAUGAAACAGUUCUUUUGAUUGGACGAUUUUGUAUGACUCGCUUUCGUGUGCUAUUGUAGUUCUUUCCUCUUUCCUGGAAUGUUUAUAUUAAAAGGUUAUGCCAUAAAUAAGAUUGUGCAAUAAAAAUUUUAUUUGUAAAUGUGACAUAUUAACAAAUCUUUUACACGUUUAAUUUAUAUAUAUUUAUAUCGAGAUGCAAAAGGGAUAUAUCAUACACGGCAAAUAUUGAUGAGUUCAGAUGCAUUGUCUUGUACCAUUGAUGUACACAAAAUAAAGUUGUCUAUCAUUACC